UGAUCUCUAUUUAAUCUCUAAAAAUAGAAUAUAUUUAAAUAAGAUACCUAUGUUCUGAUAAUAAGGUUAUAAAUAAUUAUCAGUGUCAAAAUUUUCUGUGAUUUUUUUAUCAAAAAUGUAUCAUUCAACUGCCACAAAUUUAUCAGUUUUGAAAUCAAAUGAAUUAAAAACAUUUUUGGAUUCUUUUGAUACCGUGCUCACAGAUUGUGAUGGAGUUCUAUGGAGGCUUGAUAAAGUUAUUUCAGGAUCGCCACAAACUUUAAACAAAUUUCGGGAUUUAGGAAAAAGAGUUUUUUAUAUAACAAAUAAUAAUAUUAAGCCCAGAGAAUAUUACGUUGAAAAAGCUCGAAAAUUAGGUUUUUUAGCUGAGGAAGAUGAAAUUUUAUCAACUGCUUACUUAACAGCAGAAUACCUAAAGGGAAUUGGAUUUAAUAAAACUGCUUAUGUUGUUGGAUCUGAAGGACUUGCAAUGGAACUCGAUCGAGUUGGUAUUAAAAACGUUGGAAUUGGACCAGAUGAACUAAAAACCACAUAUCCGAAUAUUCUCGACAUUAAAUUAGAUAAAGACAUUGGUGCUGUAAUUGUGGGUUUUGAUCCAUAUUUUUCUUUUAUGAAAAUGUUACGUGCUGCAAGUUAUUUAAAAGAUCCGGAUUGUUUAUUUAUUGGCACAAAUUCGGAUGAACGAUUUCCAUUAGAAUCGACAAAUAUUGUAAUACCUGGAAGCGGAAGUUUAGUGAUGGCAAUUCAAACUUGUUCUGGUCGUAAACCAACAAUUAUUGGUAAACCGCAUGAGUAUGUACGUAAAGCAAUUAUGGAAAAGUACCAAGUAAAUCCAGAAAGGACGCUUAUGAUUGGUGAUAGAUGUAAUACCGAUAUUCUAUUAGGAACUAAGUGUGGAUUCCAAACAUUACUAGUAUUGAGUGGAUGUACGACAUAUGAAGAAAUGAUGAAUCUCACGAAGUCGCAAAAUGAAAAAGAUAAACAAUUAAUUCCGGAUGUUUAUAUUGCAAAAUUAGGUGAUCUACUAGCGUUAAUGGAAUUAAUGGAAUAUAAUGCAACCAUCAAAUGCUGUUGCCCCAAACCUAUAAAAAUACCAAAAGAGGAAGAAAUUCUCAAUGUUGAGGACAAUAAUGGACAAACUAAUGACGAAUUGGGAACUGAAGCAAUUGAGAAUCAACAAUGUAGCUGUAAUCGUGACAUACCUGGCACACCGACAAUAACUGAUAUUGAAAUGUAUUUCAGAAAAGGAAAUUUAACUAAUUUAUUAUCGUUAGAUAAAGAUGUCGUAUCCAAGUUUUUUACGUUAUUCGAUACAAUUUUAACAGAUUGUGAUGGAGUUUUAUGGAGUAGUGGAAAAGCAUUACCCGGUUCAGCAGCAGUUUUAAAUGGUUUACGAAAGAAAGGCAAACAGAUAUACUUUUUAACAAACAAUUCAACAAAAACUCGUGGAGAGUUUGAAGAAAGUGCUAAUAAAUAUGGUUUUCAAGGAAAUGGUAACGAAUUCGUAUCAACAGCUUAUUUAGCUGCCGACUAUUUACAUUCAAUUAAUUUCAAUAAAAAAGUAUAUUCGAUUGGUUCGAAAGGAUUACAAAAUGAAUUGAAAGCACGGAAUAUUGAAUGCAUUGGAGUUGGUCCUGGUGAUGUAAGUUCUGGAAAUGUUGAACAAUACAUAAGUGAUUUUAAAAGAGAUCCAGAUGUGGGAGCUGUUUUAGUUGGAUUUGAUCCAUAUUUUUCAUUUGAUAAAGUUUUACAUGCAGCAAGUUAUUUAAUCGAUCCAAACAUAUUAUUCUUAGCAACAAACACAGAUGAACGAUUUCCUACAACAAAACCGGAUAUUGCAAUACCAGGUACUGGUGUAAUGGUUAAAGCUGUUGAAACAUGUACUGGUCGUAAACCUGACAUAAUAUUUGGUAAACCUAGUGAAUAUGUUUGUAAAUAUAUUCAAAAACAACAUCGAUUCGAUCCAAAACGAGCACUUAUGAUUGGAGAUCGUGCUAACACAGAUAUUUUAUUUGGUAAACAAUGUGGAAUGGCAACUCUAUUAGUAUUGUCUGGAAUAACAACUUUAGAUGAAUCAUUAAAAUGGAGAAGCUCCAAUGAUAAAGAGGAAAAAGAAUUAGUGGCUGAUUUUUAUGUACCAACAUUAGGAGCUUUAUUACCACAUGUAGAAGAGCUUUAAUUAAAUUAUUUUAUUUAUUUUUCAACAAUAAAAGUA